GCGAGCCAGCGUCUUACCCACUUAGCCACCGUGAUCCCCUGAACAAAACAGAUUUAUAUUUUGUUUCUAUUCCAGUUAUAAACAUAUAACAGUGAAAAAGAUAAAACCACACCAUGUUUGUAGAUUCAGUUAAAAGUACAAAGUUUUUGCGAUGCUGUGUGUAAAAUAAAAAAAAAUAUAAUGUCUGUGUGGACAGAUUUUGAGAGAGAAGUCGUUAUCGAUGGUGAAAAUAAAAUGGAAGAGAAGGAGAAUGUUAGUUUAGAUAGAAGAUUAUUUGUUGGGAAUAUCGGAUAUAGAACUAGCGAAAAAGAACUUAAAGAUUUUUUUCAGAAGUUUGGUAGGGUGAACAGACUUCAUCUACCUAAAGACCAUUACAGAAAGUUACCAAGAGGGUUUGCUUUUGUAACAUUUUCUACAGCAGAAGAAGCUCAGAUGUGUUUACAGGCUGAAGAUGAAAGACUGGUUCUACAAGGCAGAUUACUUCGAGUUCAUAUGGCUGAACAAUCUAAACGAGUGAACACAAGAAGAUAUGAAAAUAACAAUAAUAAUCAUGACCAACAGGUGCUUGUAUCAGAUAGUACUGAAGUUACAGAUCUUGGAACAGCAAAAGAAAUGCCAGUAUUUAACAUAAAUAUACCAGAUGAAUUAUGGGAAAAGAUUUUUUCUUUUCUUCCUCUUCGUGAUAGGAUCCGAAUAGAACGAGUUUGUCAUAGGUGGAAGAAAUUGGCCUUGAGACUCUGGAAAAGACAGAAAUCACUGGAUUUUUACAAUACUUUCAGAAGAUUUGAAAGUUUAACAGAUAAAAUGUUAAAUUCAAUAUUAAAAAGAUGUGGACCGAUAUUAAAAUCACUUGACUUAUCUUCCUCUCCAAGACUUUUAACAGAUUAUUCUAUGCAGAUAAUCAAUAAGUAUUGUCCGAGUCUAGAGAAGUUAGAUUUAUCAGGAGUAGAUGCUACUAAUAUUUCUAUACGUGAUUUAACUCAAGAUCUUCACACAUUAAAGUGGGUAAGAUUACAGAGAUGUUUGUAUAUUGGAGAAAAGGGAUUAUGGUGGUUGUUACAUAAUAAUAAAGAUCUAGAAUAUUUAGAUGUUACUGGUAAUAUUAAACUUACAGGUCAGUGUUUCCAUAUGAUUGGUCCGAAAGUUAAAAUCAUGGUACUGAAAGAAUGUAAAAAGUUAUGUGAUGUUGGUAUUGAGAAGAUUAAAGAUAGAUGUGUUGAUUUAGAGGAGUUAUAUAUAACAGAUUGUUGUUUAUUAACCAGUAAAUCUAUACUUACAAUAACACAGGUUGUACAGUUAUCUCCCUUUAUUCUCCAUUGUCCCCCAGUUAGAUCUAUUUGAUAAGGCCAACUUCAAGUUUGAUCAAAGGUCACGAGACGUAAACAGGGCUAGCACAAGCUAAUCCCAACCCUAACCCUGGACCUAGCCCCAAUGCUCACCCAAAGCCUAACCUACAAUCUCACCAAUAAGCACGUGCCCUAACCUUAUUUAAAUCUUAGCGACCUUGACUAAAAUUGAGCUGGCCAUAACAAAUAAAUUAAGCCAUUGUCCCCUCCAAAAUUGAAAUUUCAUGGUUUCUGAUUAGUCGAACAAUAGUGUCUAAUCAAUAUAACCAUACUCUAAUUUUCAAUAUCCUUAAAAUGUUUCGCUUUAAAUUUCAUUGGGCUGCGAAUUAAUAUAUUCUUCGUCGCAUUAGAAUACCUUCACAGUGGCUAAAAAUAUUACCUAUCAAGUCGUUAUUCCAGCAAAUCGUUAUGAAAUCCUGCUUGUAUAUCAAUUCUAAUCCAAUUCAAUGAUGGAUCCCCCCCCCCCCACUAGCACUGAUCACUAUUAGUGGUACACCUAAUCCUAGCUAUCAGGGCCACAGUGACUAAGUGAGUAAGGUUGUUGGCUCACUAUCCAGGAGGUCACGGGUCAGAUCAGUGUUGGCAAAAUAAAUUCCUCAGGAUUUUUCAAGACGUUGAUUGCUAGGAUGAAAAACCAAGCUCCAGUAGACACGUUGGAGUGUACGUAGAAUAACCCUUGACAGUUGAAGGGUAGGUAGAAACUUGGAUGUGUAUCAUACAAUGGUACAACUGCUCCUGUAGCUAUGAUCUUACUCUCAAAUCACCUGAACUUGAAUUCUAUUAGAGAUGGCUGUAAAAAAAACAAACUCUAACAACUGAAGCUGAACCAUUGCUUGUUGAUGCACAAAAUAAAUUCUGAAUAUUUCCUUUUUUCAGAGUUUUUCCCAUUUGAGAAUUUUACACUGCGGUGGUUCAUUACAUGAUGUAACAGAAGAAACAUGGACUCAACUUCAACAUUUAAAAUUAUUGGAAGAGUUAAAUUUAAGUCAGAAUUGUGGUUUAACAGAUGAAGCUGUGGUUGCCAUAGCUACAGGUUGUUAUAAUCUCAGGGUUUUAGAUUUAAGCGGAUGUCAUCGUUGUUUAACAGAUGAAGGUAUUCAAUCUCUGUCCUUAUUAGGAAAUCUAACCAAACUUAAUAUCAGCUAUUUAUAUCAGAUAACGGACGUCAGUUUAAAUCAUAUAUCAACGACUGGUAAAUUACAACAACUGAUAGUCCGAGCUUGUUCGGAUAUUACUGAUACAGGAGUAGAAGAUAUAGUAUUUAACUGUCCACAGAUACAACUAAUAGAUGUCUCUGGUUGUAUACAGAUCACCAACAAAUUAAUACAAACAGUUAUCUCCCUUACACAUGAUAAUACUCACCAACUUCUACUCAAUGUUGGAGGAACAUGUGUUGUCAAUGAAGAGUUACCACCCUUACAUACAUCUCUAUCAGUAUCUCUACAAGAUUAUUCUAGUUAUUAUCUACGUCCAGAUAAACAUUUAUUAUUACCAGACCCUGAAGAAGAUGAUGAUGAUGAUGUGAAGGAAGAUACACCAUGGUAUGGUCAACCUCAAGCAUCAGGUGUUAUGGUUGCCGCUGGUUACGAAGAGAAUAUUUGGGAGGAAGAAGAUUGUGACGAUCAGUUUGAUGACAUCACAGAUGAAUUCCUGGAUAACGACGAUUGUCUAGCAGCAGAAAGAUGGGAAAUGUCGUAGCUGAUAAUUAUAUCCAUUAGUUUAGAUGGAGACCAGGAUGUAUAUCUUGUAAUGUUACGAACAAUGAUUUGUAUGAAAGCUAAUUGUAUGACUCGAAAUGUUAUAAACAGUAUCACUCAAAAUGUUAUAAACAGUAGCACUCAAAAUGUUAUAAACAGUAUCACUCAAAAUGUUAUAAACAGUAUCACUCGAAAUAUUAUAUGACUCGAAAUGUUAUAAACAAUAUGACUUGACAUAUUAUAUGACUCGAAAUGUUAUAAACAGUAUGACUCGAAAUAUUAUAUGACUCAGAAUGUUAUAAACAGUAUGACUCGAAAUAUUAUAAACAGUAUGACUCGAAAUGUUAUAAACAGUGUGACUCGACAUAUUAUAUGACUCGAAAUGUUAUAAACAGUAUGACUCGAAAUAUUAUAUGACUCAGAAUGUUAUAAACAGUAUGACUCGAAAUAUUAUAAACUGUAUGACUCGAAAUGUUAUAAACAGUAUGACUCGAAAUGUUAUAAACAGUAUGACUCGAAAUGUUAUAAACAGUAUUACUCGAAAUGAGAGAAAUAGUCUAACUAAGAGUAAUUGGUUGGAACUAGUCCUAUUAUUAACAGAAAUUGGCUGGAAUGCUAGGUGUAUGACUAAUAAAGGUAUAGGCAGUAAUUGCAGAGUGCUAACUGUAUGACUUGUAUUAUGAUAUUAUUGGUUGGAAUGCUAGCUGUACCAUUAUAAACAGUUAUUGCAGAGUGCUAACUGUAUGACUCAUAUAUGAUAUUAUUGGAUGAAAUGCUAUAAACUGUUCUAAACAGUUAUUGGUUGGAAUGCUAGCUGUAUGGCCUUGUACCAUUAUAAAUAGUUAUUGGUUGGAAUGCUAGCUGUAUGACCUUGAACUGUUAUAAACAGUUAUUGGUUGGAAUGCUAGUUGUAUGACCUUGUACUGUUAUACCAUUAUAAACAGUUAUUGGUUGGAAUGCUAGAUAUUGGUCUUGUACGGUUAUAAACAGUUAUUGGUUGGAAUGCUAAAUACACUAACGUUCAUGAUUUAAUUGAGAGCAUAAAUACAUGUAACUAGGGACCUGCUUUACACAGCCAAUGAAAAGAAGGCUGCUUUAUACUGAAACUUGCCUUGUAUAAAUUGAAACUACAGUGAAAUUGUAUUGAUGUAAUUGUAUCACUGUUUUUAAGCUCAUUUAUUUUAGAGCCUGUUUUAAUAUUUGUUUUACAUUAUUUUACCAGUAUUAGUAAUAACCGGUAAUGUAAUCAUGCUUUCAGUAUGUAAAUAUUGUUAUAGUUUGUUUAUCUUUUAAUAUGUAAUUGAAACCAGCAAGAAUAGUCUGGAUUCUACACAUUUACAGUAUCUGUCGGUUUUCUAAGUUGUCAGAAAAAAGACAAAGUAUGCUGAACAAAAUGACAGGCAUCAGAGGCCUGUGUCUGACCAAGCCUGAAUCUGUACUUGACAAUAUCUGUGACAGGUGACUUAUUUCCCAAUUAAGAUUCUACACUUUUAUCUGUCUUUUUAUAAACUAUCUAGUCAUUUGGAUGGGAUGAAAAACGGGUGUAUUAAAAAUACUAAUAAAAACAUAGAAGAAAGACAGAUAUGUACUGGACAAUAUGACAGGCAUCAGAGGAAUUCGUACCUGACAUGGAUUGAAUCUGUACCGGACAAUGUCUAUGAUAGGUGCCUUAAAUUCAGGCUUGUUUAUUAGACCUAGAGUAAGGCCAAGAUGACAAAUAACUUGACCAAAUGUUUAUAUGAUAAUGCCUCUGAAAGUCUCUUGAGUCACAUGCAAACUACAAUAUUUUGUGAAAGUUGAAUCUCUAAUAAAUGAAUAUAAUCAGUCUAUUAAAGAUACAUUGUGAGAGAUUCGGUAACGAGUUGGCAGUUCUCACUAUAAUAGUUAAAAACUAGAUAAUGUAAAGGGAAUUUGCCGAAAAUUUCAUUCAAAUUGAUCCACUAUGAACCGAGAACUAAGCGACUGAAAUUCCCAUAAGCCUCGGUCAUCAUUACUAAAGUCAGUACGAUAAACAGCAUAGUCUCUAUUAUCCAUUUAAUCGUUUAAUCGAGAAGGAAAGUUAUGCAGUAAAAACGCUUACAAUCCACUAAAGAUCGCAGGCUAGCGCUGCCAUCUAGAGUUGAUUAUGGUCUGGAUAGGUUAAUUAAUGUCUAAUUAAUAAUUUAGAUAAGAUUUCAGGCCUAAAGAAAGACCUGAAAUAGACAGAUUUAGCUCUUGCAUAAUGUAUGUUUAAAUGAUGCACACAGAGACUUUCAUGUAAUGAUUUUAUUUGAAUUUUGAUUUCAUGUUAAAUAAUGUUUAAAGCUAAUUAUUUUUAUAAGAUUUUAAUUAUGAACAAGGUUUAUAAAACUAGUCAAUUGGAUGGGACAUAUAAUACUAUUAAGGCCAUACGAAAAAAAAUAUUUGGGUUCUUCCAAACAAUCUGAUGCAGUAAUUUUGUUCUUUAUUUUGUCAUGUGGUUAAAUGGCAUUCCAGGUUGGGUUUUUUUCAAGUGCAUGCAGAAGCAUGAGAACCAAAUAUUUUUUUUUAUACAGCCUAAUAUGUUUUUGUCAUUUUAAUAAGCAGAUAUGUUAUGCCUCAUUGUUUAUGUUAUGUUUUUGGAUCAGAACAGGUCCCCAAGCACUAUUCUUCUUCUUCUUCUUGUUCUAUUUUGGUUAUUCAUGUUCUGAUUCUGUUAUUCAUUUAACGUUGUUACUGAUAGUAUUUUCUUGUUCUGGUUCAAUGUCUAGUGGUCCGCUAUCCUGAUUAGUUGCCUGUUGUCAGUUUAAUACUGAAUGAUUUGCAUCAUGUGCCUGGGCCUGUGGGUUGAGGACUUUGAUGAUGAAGUUAUUCUGGCACAGAUUUUUUAUAUAUAUAUAUAUAUAUAUGUGACUAAAUCAUGUUGUAUUUUGAUAUUUAAUGGACUUAUUUGGGUAAGAAUUCAAACAUACCCCAAUUCGUCAAUAGGCAGACGAAGGGACUUAUCGUCAAUAGGUUACAGUAGGAAGAUAAGUCACUUCGUCUGCCUAUUGACGAAUUGUACAUUAGUUACCGAGAAACUAAAUGUGAUUAAUUUCGAACAUUAUCCUGAGCUACUGACAAAACUAGACGGCCUAUGUAUAUCACAAGAUAAUGUAACCGUUCAAAUCAUGUAGAAAUAAUACGAUUUGGAAUAAAAAAAAAAUUAUGAACUCGCAUCGAAAAUUAUCUUUCUUUUUAACAAAACUGAUAAAACUAGAUUGCCUAUGUAAAUCACUCACAAGACAUUGUAAACAUAAAAAAUCAUGUAGAAAUAAUACCAAUUGAAAAGAAAGAGAAUUGACCAGUUGCUUUAAUUUGUUUUCCAGUUGCCUUUUCACUUAUUUUAAGGCAUUGGGCCAUGAAUUUUUUAUGUUAAUAAAUUGUUUGAUACCAUA